AUGGCCAGCGGCGGCGCGUCGGACGCGGAGGCGGAGCUGCGGCGGGGCUUCAAGGCCCUGGCCGUGACGCGGCCGGACCCGGCGGCCGCGGUCUACGAGGUGCGCCUCAGCCGCCCCGCGCAGCGCAACGCGCUCAGCCCGGACUCCUUCGCGGAGAUCCCGCGCGCCAUGGCGCUGCUCGACCGCGUCCCCGCCGCGCGCGCCGUCGUGCUCUCCGCCGCGGGCCCCCACUUCUGCGCGGGCAUCGAGCUCGGCGGGCCCGGGAACCCGCUCACCGCGCCCUUCAGCCGGGGCGCCGACCCCGCGGCCGCGGCCGAGGGGCUCCGCCGCGCCAUCCUCGGCAUGCAGGCCGCGCUCACCGCCGUCGAGCUGUGCCGGAAGCCCGUCAUCGCGGCCGUGCACGGCGCCUGCGUCGGCGGCGGCGUCGACCUCGUCGCCGCCUGCGACAUACGCUACUGCUCAAAGGACGCCACGUUCGUGCUCAAGGAGGUGGACAUGGCCAUCGUUGCCGACCUCGGCGCGCUCCAGCGCCUGCCGCGGAUCGUCGGCUACGGGAACGCCGCAGACCUAGCCCUCACGGGCCGCAGGAUCACCGCCGCGGAGGCCAAGGAGAUGGGGCUGGUCAGCAGGGUGUUCGAUUCCAAGCAGGAGCUGGAUGCUGGUGUUGCGAAGAUCGCCAAAGAAAUAUCAGAGAAGUCGGCAAACGCAGUGAUGGGAACAAAGGCAGUUCUACUCAGAAGCAGAGAUAUCACUGUAGAGCAGGGCCUGGAGCAUGUAGCGACUUGGAACUCUGGAAUGCUGAGAUCUGAUGACCUGAUGGAGGCCAUCAAAGCUUUCAUGGAGAAGCGGAAGCCUGUUUUCUCUAAGCUCUGA